ACCCCUCUUCUUCGCGGUCUCACUCACCCUCGCUCGCGCUGACCUCCUUCUUGCCUGUCCUCUCUGACGACCUCGCGCUGCACAGCGCCCGUAAUUACGACAUACGAAUCCAGCUCGACUCGUGGAGCUUCGUGGAAAAGGCGGGCCGUCCAAGGAGCAUCCAUCAGACGCGGUUUUGGGAUUAACGACAACGGCGACAGCGAACCACGCGGGGCACCCUCUCUUCUCUCACACGGCAUCCAAGGCACGCGCGCUUCCUCAUUCUUUCUCGCGGGAACGCCGGUCCAGUCGAGUGCUUCACCGCUGCCUGUGCCCUCAUUACUUUGGGCUUGCUCCGGGUGCACUGUGAAACCCGGCCCGAAUUUCGCGAGACCACGCGCAACGCGACCCAUUCGGUCACCACCUGCAGACGGGCCCUUUGAAUUGGGCCAUCCAAGAAGGACGAGGGGGCCACUAGAUGAUGGCACAGGCACGACCGGUCCUGACCGUCGAUGUCAACAUCGGCCAGGGCGGCGUGCGGAAUCAGCAUCAGGCCGCAAAGGCUGCCGCUCAAGCAAGGGCGUCUGCCCAAGCACCCCAGUCUGGACAGGACCAGGAUCUUCAUCCAGAUGACAUGACCAACGGUAACGGCGAUCGCGGCGGAUUCAGCAGCGAUGAUGAAGAGGCCGAAGACACCUACGCCGGCGCUGGAUCGUCCGGAAGAGUGAAAGCGGGCACAGGCCAGGCUGCUGCAAGGAACGGGACAGCAUAUCACGGGCAGGAGGAACAGUACAUGGAUGACUCGGAGUCAUCAAAUGGAGAAGAAUACGAGCCUCAGGAAGGCGACAUUGAGAUCGUGUCGGACGAGGACGAGGGCGUCUACGACGAGGAUGACGAUGACGACCUCUCGUCGAGCCCGAGCAUUCCAGACGAGAACAUCGACUUCGAUCUUGUCUAUGCGAUGCACAACUUUGUGGCUACCGUCGAGGGUCAAGCAACGGUCUACAAAGGGAAUAGCCUGACGUUGCUAGACGAUUCCAACUCCUACUGGUGGCUGGUACGGGUGUUGAGAACGCAGGAAGUGGGCUACAUCCCUGCCGAAAACAUCGAGACCCCCUUUGAACGUCUGGCGCGGCUUAACAAGCAUCGCAAUGUCGAUCUCACAUCGGCCACCGACGACGAUCACAUCCAAGUGCCUGAGAAGAUCUUCGUCAGCCACCUCGUCAAGCAGAGAAACUUUGGCCCCAACGGAGGCUUGUCGGAGCAUUCUGGCAAGCUGUCUGCUCUCUCCAUGAGAAGAGACGGUGACGCUCCUGAGCACGUUGUCAGGGAAAAGGAGCGCAUCGGCGAUCGUGGCGUUCAGUUUGGGCCAUCCACCUACCUCGAGCACAGCGGAAACGAGGACUCUGAAGAUGAGUACGAUGACGACGAGAAUCCGGACAUGGAAGGCGAUGAAGACAUGGACGAAGAAUACGAUGAAGAUGACGAGAACGAAGAAGAGCAAGAGGAGCAAGGAGGGGAAAGCCAGGGCGAUAGGGGCGAGGAGAUUAUCCGAUCACGGAGAGGUGUUGAGGAGGGAAUAGGCGCUGGUGCCACAGCCACCGCAGCCGGGGCCGCUGCAGGUAUCUACGCGAGGGAACAUGCGCAAGGCAAUGAGCGUACGCCGAUGCAACAGGCCCAGCAACAGCAGCAACAACAUCCACAACCAGGUCAGCAGCAGCAAUAUCAGUCGCAGCAACCCACGCAACAGCAGCAAGGUACAAGCAGGCGGGGCUACCUUGACAAGAUGGAGCCCGAUGAUGGCAUGGACUGGGAUGCAGCAGAGACGGAGCGGGUGCAGCGGGCUCAGCAAGAGCGCAUUGCUUCCAAGCAGGCAGCCGAUGUGCGAAGAUCUAACGAGGAUGCACGCUCCCAGGGCGUGCAACAACGUAAUUCAGCAAACAUCGACAGUGCCCCUCCCUCAACCUUGCGUCCAGGUGGCAACAUUGCCACGCAAAGAGCAUCAAAUGAACGCCUCAGUAUGACUGGUAGCGAUCGUAACUCUCAAGGCUUCCUGCCCUCGGCCGUCUUGGCUUCUCGAGAUCGCUCGGCGUCUGAUGCGAGUGUGGGAUCCAGCCAGCUCUCGCCCGAGUCGAAAAAGGACAAGAAGGCGGCCCAGCGGCGAUCCAAGACCGAAGAGGAUGUCAAUGAGGAGAAAGCAGGCAAGAAGCGUUCGGGCGUUUUCAGCGGUCUCUUUUCGAGAUCCAAAGACAAGAAGGAACGCAAGAGCGGUAGCUUUGGGUCGUCGCACAACCGGAACGGCAGCAGCGGAGAUGGAGACAGCCUCUUCACGGGUAGAAGCUCCGAAGAGAGUCUUGGCAACACCCGCCGGAUAUCGCAGUCGUCAAAUCCUGGUCGCACAGUGCAGGAGAGGGACCGCGCACAGCAAGAAGCCUACCAGAGGCAAUUCCUCACCACGAGCGGUACCAACCCGGAAGGCGACUAUAGGCACCUCAGCGCCCAGCAACAUGGACGAGUAGCUAGACCAGGCAGCUUGAUCGGCCCGUCAGGCACUGUACCCAUGCUCAACGUGCUGAGAAUCUUCGCGGGUGACAACAUCGACAGUGACGCAACUUUCAAGACGGUCCUCUUGAACGAUUCGACGACGUCGAAAGAUCUGGUCAAGCAGGCCGUCCAGCGGUUCAGGCUCGGCGCAGGGCAGGAUCCUGCCGAAUACAUGCUUACCGUCAAGCUCGUUGAGGGCGACGAGAGACAGUUGGAUGGCGAUGAGAGACCACUGCAGGUCUUUGACAAGUACAGCGAAGAUCUGGCCAACGACCGCGAUACACCGACAGUGCCUUCGGUCAAACGGUCAAGUGUCGGUUCGAUCUCAUCGAUCUCCUCCAACCUGAGUCUGAACCCCGCCAUUGCGCGCUUGGGUAACGACUUUAGCGAUGAUCACGCAGUCAAGUUCUACCUGCACAAGAGAAAGCUGGAAUCGUUGUCCAAUCUUUCUUCUGUGGACCAAAGCUACUCGCUCGAGGCUUCCACACUUAGCGCUGGAAACACCAGCUCCGACACCCAGCAACGGGCUAGCCAGGCUUCGAUGUUAUCGGCUGACACCGCUGACACCAUCCAAGCAUCCUCGGCUCGCUUUGCGCUGCGCUUGCUCAUCUUCCCCUCGGACCUGCCCGAAGGGACGGUCUUUGAUCCUCAAACCAGCGCUCUCAUCCCCCAACGAACGCUCGUGGAGCGAGGACCCGGUGGUAUGACGCCAGGCGAGGGCAUCACACAAGAGUACCGCGAAAAGGUCCUCGUGCUUCCUCGAAACGCGACGGUGGCCGAGGUCAUUGAGCAGGGCUUGGACCGUUUUGGUAUCAUGGAAGGCGUCGUGGAGGGAGGCGACGAUGUUGAGGACAGGUCGUCGCGGCGGAGGAGCAAAGCCAAGGUCCGCUACGGUCUCUCGGUCGACAUCAACCAUGCUGAGCGAUCAUUGAAUGCGUCUGGCAAGGUCGUUGAUGCCUUUCCAGUCGCCCCUGUCUUCAAGUCCGGCGCAGGCAAUCGGCGGUCGCUAGAUGCAAAGCGUCGAAGCAUCGACUCAAUGAUGCUGCUGAGCGUGGCGGACGACAUCCGACCUGACGAUCCUAUCUUCAUCCUUCGGCAGGUUCACCCCAAUGCCAAGAACAAGACGGCGAGGUCGCUUAGUCCUACUGAGGACGUCCUUAUCAACAAGCAGGAUCAGCGGCGCCAAGCCGAGCUCGACAAAGUGGCCCCCAUGCUGUCUCAGCAACGAUCGCCCAGCACUGCGAAUGAUCUCUCCGUGCUAGGGGGGGAAAAGGAAGGCAUGAGCCGGCAAGAAAUUAUCGCUGCGCAGAGAGCUGCGGCGAGAGAGAGGAGAGCUGCCGUUCUGGGGGCAGAGCGGAACGAAGACCAAGGCGUCGAUUUGCUCCUCGAAGAUCGAACUAGGAUCCGCAGCUCUCGGAGCCUCGAGUCAGGCAAAGUGCGCUAUUCCUACAUUGGUUCGUCGGGCCAGGAGCAGGAUAUCAGCAACAUUGUCGAGGACGUGCUUCAAGAUCACCAGGAGCCCAAGGUUUCUCGGCCUCCCAACGCAAGGAUGCCCAGCCGGGCUGAGAGCGGCCUGACCGCCGACAGCUUUGAGAGCGCACCCAGCCCUAGCCUCAUGGACAGGAGGAGCCCAUUGAGCCUCAACGAAGUACACUAUGACGUCCGGGUGCCUGCCCAGACUGGCGAUCUCCUCGAGACGUUUGUAAGAAAUCCAAAGAAUGCGGAAACAACAAUCGAGGACCGCAUCGACCAGGUGCUGGCUAGGGUCACGGCGGGAACGAUAUCACCCUUCACAGCUGGCUACGACGACAGCGGGCGAGCGACGCCAACUGCAGACGGCCGAUCAUCAUCGCGAGCAAUCAACAAAACUGGUAUGCCAGGCUCGCUUUCUAGCCAUGACAGCCCGACAUCCAACACCACCCAUCAGACGUCCAUUUCCACAAUGAUGACGACGACAACACCGCUCUCGCUGAUGUCGGGCACAGCAGCAGCAGCUGCUGCUGCUGCCGCAGCUUCUGGAGGAGGGACGCGCUCCGUGACGUCGCCGAGAAACAACGCGCCUCUGCGCGGCGACUUUGGCCUUUCAAACCUGUACACACUCGUCGACGCCGCCGCCCGUCGAGGGGCAAAAGGUCAUCACCGCGGUAAGAGCAGCAGCAAGGGUGGCAGCAACGGCAGCGGUGGUGGCCUCGGGUACAAUGGUCCGUACAAGCCGUCGGUCGGAGGCCUCUUCCCGCCUCAGUCGCCGCACAUUGGCGAGAGAAGGGUAAAAGAGGUCUACGCGCCCAUUGGCCGUCAGCUCAACAACAUCGAAGAGUCAUUGGACCAGCUUUUGAACGACGCUCUGCGCAACUUUUGACCUCGUUCAUGCUUACGGAUUCGAUUUAUUCUCUCAGCACUGCUUCUACCCCCUUGUCUUUUCUCUCAGUCUCUUGGGGUCAUUAUCUCUGUAUGCUUAGCUAGGUAGGAAUUCGUCAUUCUCCUUGUCCUUUUAAAGGUCUUCAAUUUGAGCUGGCUUCAUCCAAC